UUAAAAUCACAGUAGAAAAACCACACUCUCGCUCUUCUUCUCCUUCCUCUCUCUCUCACACUCAUUUUCUUCACUCUGCAAUUCCACCGUUUUCCCACUUACCGGAAAACCUCAAAACAUUUUCCGGUAAACACACAUUAUUUUUUUGACGGUGGAAUUUAUAACCAUGCAUGAAUUCUCAGAACCUCAAUUUCUUAGAUCUUUAAGAUUUUAACCUCAUUCUCUCCAUCCAAUGGCACCGUCAUCAUCAUCCUCAAGUGAUAACACAGCAUUCAUAAACACGGAAUUAUCAAAAUCAACAUCAAUUUUCGGAUUAAAAUUAGGAGUAGUGAUCGGAAUUUGCGUCGGAGCAGCAAUAGUACUAAUCUUAUUCUUACUCUCACUAUGUAUCUGGAAAUCUCCCAAGAAAAAUUCAUCAUCAUCAUCAAAGAAGAGGAAACAACAAUCGUAUAAUGGCGGAGGAGUUGGAAUGAUAGAUCCAUCUCCAGUAGUAUCUAAAGAGAUCAAAGAAAUCAUUAAACCAGAACAACAGGUUCCAGAGAUCCAGAUUGAUAUUGGUAAAACUGAACAUAGAGUUAUAUUUUCUGAUCAACAACACCGACCUUCAUCACAUGCUAGUGGUGAGAGUAGAUCAACAAAUGCGACCGAUUCCGUUUCGAUGUCUGGGAAUAAUGCCGGUGGUGGUAGUGGUGGUGGUUUGCCUGAAGUAUCACAUUUAGGUUGGGGACAUUGGUAUACAUUGAGGGAGCUUGAAUUAGCUACUAAUGGAUUAGCUGAUGAGAAUGUUAUCGGUGAAGGUGGUUAUGGUAUUGUUUAUCGCGGCCUUUUACCUGAUAAUACUAUUGUUGCCGUCAAGAAUUUGUUAAAUAACAGGGGUCAAGCGGAGAAGGAAUUCAAAGUGGAGGUGGAAGUAAUUGGCCGUGUUCGACAUAAGAAUUUAGUUAGAUUGCUUGGGUACUGUGUGGAGGGAGCUUACAGGAUGCUUGUAUAUGAGUAUGUGGACAAUGGUAAUCUCGAACAGUGGCUCCAUGGGGAUGUAGGGCUAGUCAGUCCUUUGACAUGGGAUAAUCGGAUGAACAUUAUUCUUGGAACAGCGAAAGGUAUUGCGUAUCUUCAUGAAGGUCUUGAACCAAAAGUUGUUCAUCGGGAUGUCAAGUCUAGCAAUAUACUACUUGAUCGACAAUGGAAUCCCAAGGUCUCUGAUUUUGGUCUUGCUAAGCUCUUAUGCUCGGAAAGCAGUUACGUCACAACUCGUGUCAUGGGAACAUUUGGAUAUGUAGCUCCUGAGUAUGCUUGCACUGGUAUGUUGAAUGAAAGAAGCGAUGUCUACAGCUUUGGAAUACUUAUCAUGGAGAUAAUUACAGGAAGGAGCCCUGUUGAUUAUAGUAGACCUGCUGGAGAGGUGAAUUUAGUUGAGUGGUUAAAAAACAUGGUGGGCAGCCGGAAAUCCGAGGAAGUACUGGAUCCUAAGUUGCCUGAAAAACCUCCUUCAAAGGCACUGAAACGUGUUCUACUGGUUGCACUUCGCUGUGUUGAUCCUGAUGGACAAAAGAGGCCUAAAAUGGGACAUGUUAUCCACAUGCUCGAAGCUGAUGAUUUGCUAUUUCGGGACGUCACUCAUUCUAAUGUUCAGUCAGAACGCCGAGUUGGACGAGAGUCUUCUCAAUCACGUCGUGAUAGCCAACAAAAUAAUCAAGAUGGCGCGAAAUUGGGUGAUAAAAAGUUGGCUGAAACAACUUCUGACACAAGUGAAGGAGAAAGUAGUAGCAGCCAUCACCAACAAAUGAAGUGGAGAUAAGAAAGAAAAAGUAUAAUAGGUGACUUCAAAUUUUUUUGGCUAUAUGUUUACGAAAUGUUUUAUUUUGCUUUUAUUUGUUGUAUGCUCUUAUCCAUUUUUAGUGUAGAUUUUUCCUUUCGGAUGCAUUUUGUACCAUAGAAAAAUUCAUUCAUCCACAUACAAGUAAUAAUAAGAUCACGAUAUAUAUGUUACAUGUUCUGAA